GGAGACCCUACAUGUCACCCACCGGAAAAAUACCUGGCUUUCAAAAUACUGUAGUUUGUAGAGUCAUCUUUGUAUUGUAUCAAUUGUCAAUCUUCAAGCGACGUUGACAGUUCUUCCGUCGCCAGUCUUUAAAUAAUGAUCUUUAAGUGCUAGUCUAAGCCCCAAAAAACCACUAACUCGCAUCGCAUUCAUUGAGUUAAAGAUUCCUUCAGCUUUAAACCAUUACCUUACACGAUACCACCAAGCAUCAAGCGUACGGACGAACAAUCAAAUAAAAUAAAAUCCCCAAUGUCUUCCAUUCCUGAUUCCAGCUCUCACCCCCUCAUUCUGACCCAUCCUCCUCCGUUGAACCGAGUCUGGGAAUCACAUAUUCCUCAUCUCCCCGCGCCUAGUACCUCUACCUCCCCUGAUGUUCGCAAGUCUGUAUACAGUAAAAACUGCAUCAAUCAAAACACCAGUCUUCUCCGCACUUCUCUUAUUCACCUUGCUCAAAACCUUGUCAUAACUUCCUCUUCUAUCCCUUCACCAUCGGGGCACGAAAUCCCUACUCGUCUCUACACGCCCACUUCCGCCACCAACUCUGCCUCUGCCCCCAAUUCAGACUCUCAACCACUGAUCAUCUAUUUCCACGGUGGUGGUCUUUACGUUGGCGAUCUCGAUUCCGAAGAUCUAACAUGUCGUCAACUAUCCCUUUCCCUUUCCCUCCCACUCCUCUCAAUAUCCUACCGCCUACUCCCCUCUUUCACUGCCGACGAUUCUGUAUCCGACGCACUAUCCGCUUUCACCUAUCUCUGUACUAAAUUCCCUUCCCGAAAAUUCGUCCUGGUGGGGAGUUCAAGCGGGGGACAACUGGCUGCUACUAUUGCUUUGACUUAUCUUCAAGAAGAAAGCAGAAAUGAUAGAAAAGAAAGGAGGCGGAUACUAGGAGUUAUCUUGAGAUGUCCAGUAACAUGUGAUGCUACAGAUAACGGGGCAAGUAUCCCAGAAGAAUGGAAAACUAUACACACGAGCAUGAGAGAGGAGUUUUACACAGGGAUAUUGAACAAACCGGCUGUGACGAGAGAAAACAGAGUCAAGGGGUAUAAGAUGCCUUUGGAAACGUUGACGGAGAUGCCAAAGCUCAAUGAGGCAUCCAAGCCUGUUGGAAGCGAUCAAGAAGAUAUCAAUACAAAAUGGUUCAUACAGCUUUGUACUAAUGAUAUAUAUUAUUCUGACGGGGUAUGUCUUGCUCUUGGGUUGAAGGAGAGAGGAUAUGGUGUGAAGAUUCGAGUAGAAUUUGGAUGGCCUCAUACGUUUUGGUUGAAGGGGAUGGUGUUAAAUGAAGCUCAGAGGACCGAAAUGGAACUUGUUAAAGGAGCGAAGUGGGCUCUGGAUAGACCAGGGGAAGCUGGCACCAAAGAGCUCCAGAAAGAGGAAAAUUGGGUGGAAUGGAGUGAGGAGGCCAACUUGUGAGAAGAAAGUUUGAAUGGGCAUCUUAAUAUUCGUAGAAAUUUAAACUCGGUUAUGAAACGCUCGUACA